AAUAAUAACACAGAGAACAUGGCGGUCGCAGGUCUUUCGGAGGGUUAGUUGCGAUAUAUUCGUCUUGAUGAUGGCGACCCAGAAACCCGGAGAAUGGGUGCAGUCCCUCAUUAACAGGUUCGACGCACAGCUUCCUAUUAAAACUGGACUACACUCCACACAGUCCAUGCAAAAUGUCGAACAGAACAAGGAAUGUUUGAUAAACGUAAGCCGGCACAAGUUCCGAGAGGUCAUCAACGGACUGACCAAGACACUAGGUUCAGUGUCUAGCACGCGUAUUCAUGGCCCUGAGGCGGAACGAAACUACUAUGAAUCUCAACUCAUCAUCCUUGAUACUCUGGAGAAAGUGCUCACUUCACAACCGAAAGACACAUCACGACUGGACGAAGCUAUCUAUGUUAAACUAUUACUGCCCGAGAUCUGUAAGUUCCUCAACCAACAGAAUGAAAAUACCCUGGUUUCAAACCUCAAGAUUUUAGCAUCAAAGGUGCUGUUUGCUUUAAGCUUGAACAACUUCACAGCUGUCUUCAAUAGGAUAUCAGCCAAGUUAAUGACCUUGUCCGGCUGUAGUGAUGACCAGUCUGACCUUUCCGACCUUGAACUUAUUCAACACAUCAACGUUGACAUCCACAGACUCAUCAAACUCAUCAUUGAGGUUGUGUCCAAGUUCAAGUUACUCAAGUCCAAACAGGUCAUUAUGACUCUGGCUUCCAACCUAGAGAAGGCAAUCUGGAAUUGGAUGGAUAAUUACCCAGAAGAAUUCACAGAUCUACAGAAGAAACCAAAUGAAGAUUUACAAGACUGUUGUGACAAACUGUUUGAACAUUUCAACACUUGUAUGGAGAGUUCAAAGAAGAAAGCGGCGGCCAACUGGCCCCUACAGAUGAUGCUACUUGUUCUUUGCCCUAAAAUUUUGGAGGAAAUUAACAAUGCGGAUGCUGGAGCACCCUGUUCUCCUCAACAUGUGAAAAAGAAACAAUUCAUAGACGAUGUAAAGAAAGCGAUCUCGCCACACCACGGCGGUAGUAAACAGUUGGCGGAAGGUGCGGCAGUGACCUGUGUACGGCUAUGUAAAGCCUCCACGUAUAUCAGCAUCAACGAUCGACUCAACGUCCUCUUCUCUCUCGUACAGUCCGUCAUCAGUGACCUCAAGACGUUACUUUUUAACCCACCUCCAAACAGUAAGCCAUUCUCUCGCAGUCAGAGCAGCAUUGGCCUUGACCUCGAUCUAUAUAUAGACUGCUUUGUGUCCUGUUUCCGUGUGACUCCACACAAUAACGACGUGUUGAAAGUUUGUCUGAACCCGCUAUCUCCUCCUGUAUACCACUGCGUGCUAGUCAACGCUCUCCACCGUAUCAUCACACAGCCACGUUUGCCCUGGUGGCCCAACAUCAACAUUAUUUACAGUAAGGCUGCUGAGUUGAGAAGUAUGUUCACCGACACGCUCAACAAGGUCACCCAGGGAAUGGCCAGUCACACCGCACCUAAAGUCACCACUCUGCAUCCUUAUGUACAUAACAUUACAAAAUUGACCCUGUACAAGUUAAAUAAGCCAACAGACGAGACUGUGACGACAUGUCGAUGUCUUUUGUUGUGGAUUGUCCGACUGAUUCAUGCCGAUCCUCACCUCAUGCUCCACAAUCAGGGUAAGCCCGGUCACGAAAUACAGAGCAGUACGCUAGAGCUGAUGAACGGUCUUGUAUCGCUGGUCCACCAACAAUGGAUGCCAGAUGUCUCCAAGGAGGCGAUGGAGGCUCUGCUUUGUCUUCACCAGCCCGAGAAUAUCGAACUCUGGAACCCGGAAUCCCCGAUCAAUACAUUCUGGGACGUAAGUUCCCAGGUACUAUUUUCCAUAUCUCAGAAGUUGAUACAAAGACAACUGGUUAACUACACAGAGAUUUUGAAGUGGCUGCGAGAAAUCCUUGUCUGUCGAAACAGCUUUCUUCAGAAAAACAGUGCUAAUGCUAGUGUUGGGAACAACAAAACUAUCUGUAUACAUAUCAAGCUAGAGGUUGUGUUCUUUAUGUACUUGUGGAGUAUCGACAUAGAUGCGGUCCUCACAGGGAUGUCAUGUUUCCACCUGUUGUGUGAGGAAGCUGAUAUCAGAUGUGGGGCAGAUGAAAUGGCAGUCACCCAGCUCCUUCCUAACUAUAAUGUAUACGCCGAGCUGGCCCAGGCCAGUACUGUCCUCACUACAGGUAAGGUGGCGUUACAGAAGCGAAUUAUGGCCCUACUGAGGAAGAUUGACCAGCAUACAUCAGGCAACUCUCAGGCAUGGGACGACACGUUCAGGAACUGGGAGGUCGUAACCCAGUAUCUUGAGACCUAUCCAAAGGAUCCCAAGGUCAAGGUUGAGGAAGGCAGUACAGCAGGGCUAGGGGACACUAUCAAAAUGAAACGGAAACCCCCUCACCAUGCCAAUACAGAACAUGAACUUGAGGACCAGUUAAAUGAAUGGGCCAACAUGACGGGCUUCCUGUGUGCUCUAGGUGGCGUUCGCCUACAGAACAGACUCAGGAUUAGUGCUACUAUACCAGCGGGUCUCGACUCCAGAAAAAGCAGUCUAAUGCAGAGCUGUGCUGCAGAUACCCAGUACUGCCCUGUCACUCAGUUUAUCAGUAACUUGUUAAAGCUACUGAUCUGUCAGAACGAGAAGUUUGGUGCUCAGAUACAGAAACAUGUCAAGGAUCUGGUCGGACAUGAACUCAACCCAGCCCUCUACCCGAUACUCUUUGAUCAGAUCAAAAUCUGUGUGGACAAGUUCUUUGAUCCCUCUGGUCAGGUGAUUGUGACAGACCUGAACACACAGUUUAUAGAGAAUGUGAUAUUCAUCAUGAGGAACAUUCUCGAGAUGAAACAGGACCAGCCGUGUGAACAUCUAGGUGUCACUAGUAUUGAGUCUCUCAUGUUGGCUGUUGUCAGAUAUGUACGACAUCUGGAUUCUACGGUACAUGCCAUCCAGAUCAAGAUAAAACUCUGUCAACUUGUGGAAGCCAUGAUGGUUCGCCGUGACGACCUCACAUUCCGACAGGAGAUGAAGUUUAGGAACAAACUAGUCGAGUAUCUCACCGACUGGAUCAUGGGCAACUCGCACCAAGUCAACAUCGGAGACAUCUGUAGCAUGUCCAGGAAACACGAAAAGAAUAUCUCUGUGCGAUCGUCGGGAUUACAGCGUUAUAUACACCCCACCCAGUCCUCCUCAUCGAGUCAGUGCUCUGCUAAGGCACUGUCAGUGCCAAGCCCUACUCCACUAUUUCUCCAAACCCAGCCCGUCGUAGACCUUGACCAGGCUAGCAUGGAAGCUGUAGCGGCCUUGCUGGCCGGACUGCCCCUCCAACCGGAGGAGAGUGACCGUGGUGAUCUAAUGGAGGCCAAAUCUCAACUGUUUCUUAAGUACCUAACCUUGUUCAUGAACCUGCUGAACGACUGUUCAGAGGAAGAACAAGAUACAGCCAUGGACCCAAACAGGAAACGUAGUACAUCAAACCUGAGUGCACUUCGGAACUGUACUGUACAGGCCAUGUCCAACCUUCUAAAUGCCAACAUUGACAGUGGCUUAAUGCAUUCCAUAGCCCUCGGCUACCACAAGGACCCCCAGACUAGAGCAGCUUUCAUGGAGGUGCUUACAAAAAUCCUCCAACAGGGCACAGAGUUUGAGACACUGGCUGAAACAGCCCUUGCUGAUCGCUUUGAGCGACUGGUGGAAUUGGUCACCAUGAUUGGAGACAAGGGAGAACUGCCAAUCGCCAUGGCACUUGCCACUGUAGUACCUACGCAACAAAUGGACGAACUGGCUCGUGUGUUUGUGAACCUGUUUGAUGCGAAACAUCUGCUGUACCAGUUACUUUGGAAUAUGUUUUCCAAGGAAGUAGAGAUAGCCGACUGUAUGCAGACAUUGUUCCGUGGAAACAGCCUAGCUAGUAAGAUCAUGGCUUACUGCUUCCGAUUCUACGGACAGAAUUAUCUCCGGGAGCUGCUCAACCCGCUCAUCAUGGAAAUGUUCCAGUUGGAACGACAGCAGAAGGUGUCCUACGAAAUUGAUUCUGCAAGACUGGAAAGUGGAGAAAGCAUAGAGGACAACAAGAAAUAUCUAAUGAUCAUCACCCAGAAAGUCUUCAAUGUGGUCGUGGGAUCAGCCCAACAGUUUCCGACCAAGCUCCGGAGUAUGUGUCACUGCCUGCAUCAAGUUGUCACACAGCGCUUCCAGCAAAACAGUGCGGACGCUGUAUGGACAGUCAUCGGAACUGUCAUCUUCUUACGCUUCAUCAACCCUGCCAUAGUUUCUCCUUACGAAUCGGGAAUAAUUGAUGAGGAACCUACACCAAAGAUUAAGCGUGGUCUCACACUUAUGUGUAAGAUUAUGCAGAACAUUGCCAACCACCUCCUUUUCACCAAAGAGAACCAUAUGCGGACCUUCAAUGACUUUCUCAAGACCAACUUUGAAGCUGGCAGAAGGUUUUUCACUGAGAUAGCAUCAGACUGCGACAUUCCCGACCAAGGAAAUCACAGCCUGUCUUUCAUCAAUGAUGCCAAUGUUCUGGCCCUACAUCGUCUGUUAUGGAAUAACCAGGAGAAGAUUGGAGACUACCUCUCCAGUAGCAGAGAUCACAAGGCAGUAGGCAGACGGCCAUUUGACAAGAUGGCCACUUUGUUAGCAUAUUUGGGACCCCCAGAGCAUAGGCCGCUAGAUUCUCAUGUUGGAAUAUUUGCCACCAGAUGGAGCAGUAUGGACAUGACAAGUACAAAAUUUGAAGAAAUCAUGUCAAAACACAACAUGCAUGAAAAGGAUGAAUUCAAGUCACUUAAAAACCUACACAUAUUUUACCAGGCCGGGACAAGUAAAGCUGGCAACCCAGUAUUUUAUUAUAUAGCGAGGCGAUAUAAGGUCGGAGAGAUUAAUGGCGAUCUUCUGAUAUAUCACGUACUACUGACGUUAAAACCGUUCUACAACAAACCGUUUGAGCUUGUCAUAGAUUUCACACAUACCUGUGCUGAGAACCGUUUUAGAACCGAUUUCCUGUCCAAAUGGUUUGUGGUGAUGCCGGAGGUUGUGUACCAGAACAUUGUCGCCUGCUAUAUAUAUAACUGUAACUCAUGGGUGAGGGAGUAUACCAAGUAUCAUGAUCGGAUUCUCACUCCCCUCAAGGGAAAUAGGAAGUUGUUUUUUAUUGACCAUCCAGCCCGAUUGAAUGAGUAUAUAGACCCCGAUCAACAGAAGCUACCCGGCUCCACUGUGUCACUGGAGGAGGACCUCAAAAUCUCAAACAAUGCUCUCAAACUCUCUCACAAGGAUACCAAGGUCACCAUCAAGGUUGGUCCAAAUGCUAUCCAGAUAACUUCGGCGGAGAAACUGCGAGUCCUUGGCCACCAAGUCUUACUUAAUGAUGUAUAUUACGCUUCAGAAAUAGAAGAGGUUUGCCUUGUAGAUGAUAACCAAUUUACCCUGACGAUAUCCAAUGAGAGUGGACCACUGUCUUUUAUCCACAAUGACUGUGAUAACAUUGUACAUGACAUCAUACAUAUCAGGACGAGAUGGGAGCUGUCACAGCCGGAUACUGUGACGGUCCACACGAAGAUCCGGCCCAAGGACGUCCCUGGUACCUUGCUCAACGUGGCCCUGCUCAACUUGGGCAGCUCAGAUCCCAGUCUGCGGUCGGCUGCCUACAACUUGCUGUGUGCCCUCACACAGACAUUUGACCUCAAGAUUGAAGGUCAGCUGUUAGAAACAACUGGUUUGUGUAUUCCUGCCAACAACACAAUCUUCAUCAAGUCAAUCAGUGAGACCUUGGCCGCUAACGAGCCUCAUCUAACGCUGGAAUUCCUGGAGGAAUGUAUUCAAGGCUUCGGGAACUCCAAUAUAGAGAUGAAGCAUUUGUGUCUGGAAUACAUCACGCCAUGGCUACCAAAUCUCACAAGAUUUUGUAAACACUCUGAUGAAAACAAAAGGCAGAAAGUGGCACUGAUUCUGGAUAAACUCAUCACCAUGACAAUAGAGGAAGUGGAGAUGUAUCCCUCCAUACAAGCCAAGAUCUGGGGCAACAUUGGUCAGGUGGCUGACCUCUUGGACAUGGUUCUGGAUAGCUUUAUUAAGCGGAGUGUAACUGGAGGGCUGGGCUCUAUACAGGCUGAAAUAAUGGCGGACACUGCUGUGGCCUUGACCUCUGCAAAUGUACAACUGGUGUCGCGGAAGGUCAUAGGUCGUCUUUGUAGGCUGAUAGACAAGACGUGUACCUCGCCGACACCAACACUGGAACAACAUUUGAUGUGGGAUGACAUCGCCAUCCUGGCCAGAUAUCUUCUCAUGUUGUCAUUCAACAAUUCACUAGAUGUUGCUAGUCAUCUUCCAUUCCUGUUCCACAUUGUGACAUUACUGGUGUGUACCGGACCGUUGUCACUGCGAGCAUCGACCCACGGACUCGUCAUCAACAUUAUCCAUUCCUUGUGUACCUGCUCACAGCUUAGUUUCAGUGCUGAGUCCACACUUAAAGUCCUGAAGCUGAGUCUGGCCGAGUUCUCCCUGCCAAAGUUUUAUCAGCUGUUCGGAAUCAGCAAAGUGAAGUCUGCUGCUGUCAGUGCAUUCCGUACUAGCUACAGACCAGGUGACCGCUCAUUUACAAUGGCUGCUCCAGAACACGAGAAAAUGUCUCUCAGCUCCUUGGAGACCAUAGUUGAUGCCUUACUAGAGAUUAUGGAGGCAUGUAUGAAGGACAUUCCUAACUGUGAUUGGCUACAGCAGUGGACAGAUUUGUCCAGAAGAUUUGCAUUCCAGUAUAAUCCUGCCCUCCAGCCCAGGGCUAUCAUUGUAUUUGGUUGUAUAAGUAAGACUGUUACUGACUCCGAGAUCAAACAGCUCCUCAAGAUUAUGAUGAAGGCUUUGGAGUCGUUUAAUGAUCUGACAUUGAUUGAAGCCAUUGUGAUGUGUUUGACCCGGCUUCAGCCGCUUCUUAGAUCUGAUUCCUCUAUCCACAAGUUCCUGUUUUGGACGGCCAUAUCUGUUCUUCAGUUGGACGAAGUGUCUCUGUAUGCCGCUGGACUAGCAUUACUUGAGCAGAACCUCCACACGCUCGACAUAAUGGGCUUGUUUGACCGAGAGACUCUGGAGGUGAUUAUGAUGGAGACGAGAGAACCCCUUGAGUGGGACUUCAAGCAGCUGGAUCAUGCUAUGGGGCUCAGCUUUAAGGAUAACUUCAACUUUGCUCUGGUUGGACAUCUACUGAAAGGGUUCCGGCAUCCGACCCCCACAACAGUCUCCAGGACAAUCCGGGUUCUCAACCAGCUACUCUCGAUUACAGUCAAGUCUACAAACAGGGACAAAUUUGAGGUGACACCGCAGACAGUUCCUUACCUGGCAGCUCUGGUGUUUGUCUCUGAAGAAGUAAGAAGUCGGUGUCACUUAAAGCAUCGCACUAGCCAGUACAUGAUGACAGAGUCGCCCUCUAGUGACAGUCUCAGUGCAGAACUUGCCCAGCAGACAACUCCAGGAAGCAGUAGUAGUUCGGGGAGUUCGGCUAUUGGUGCCCCGCCCCCAGCUCUCCCUCCGACGAUACCCACUACCCAGGUCAUACCUGCCCCACCCUGUCAGCCACCGACUACACAAAGUAAUACCCCACCCAUCAACACCCCCAUCACACGCAGACAGAAGAGCUGUGACCUCCUCGACCAGAAUGCCAUGAAUAAUGCAUGUCGUACAUCUAAAGUCACGCACUUACAACAAGCACAGCAGGCUAGCAGUCCAAAGGGCUGGCGAAGUCUGGACAUCGAGCCACAGCGACCACCUCUCUACAAAACAAGAAGCAGUUCCAUGCCCAUUCCAGGUUCAAAAAAGGAAGCAGGCAAAUCGGGCAUGACUCAGCCUCGAAGUGGCAGAGGAUCUGUUUCAAACGAAAAUAAUGUGCUGCUCGAUUCUGAGGUUUUGACAGACUACCCAACACAAGUCUUAGUUCUUACAGUUCUGGCAACCCUUGUUAGAAACACGACAGAUGAGAAUGAAGCGAGAAUUAUAUACGAGUAUUUAGCGGAGGCCUCUGUGGUCUUUCCAAAGGUGUUCCCAGUCAUACACAGUCUCCUGGACGCCAAGAUCAACAAUGUACUGUUACUGUGUCACGACCAGGCUAUCCUCAACGCUGUCCAGAGUAUCAUACAGAAUAUGAUAGCAGCUGAGGAUGCCUCUCAACAACAACUAUCCUACCUACAGAGUAUAGGCUUUGGAGGCCUCUGGAGAUUUGCUGGUACAUUUGCAAAGUGUGCACAGAGUAACGACACUGCUGAACUACUGGUCAACUGUCUCGAGGCAAUGAUGGUUGAAAACUGUCUACCAGGCGAUGACCUUGACAUCCUGAACCCUUACCCCAGCUCCCUAGGGAUUUCCUCCAAUCUCAACCUGUCCAGUUCCAUGUCCAGCCUCAGUGUCAGCAGCAUGCACUCGCCCACUGAUAAAGACAAUGCAGAGAAAAACGGUGCCACAGCUGCCAGUAAUCGUAUGAGGCAUGGGUCGGCAAACAACAUCCAAACCAAAAACAGAGCAGGAAGCUUUAAACGCAAAGACAGCAAAAAGAAACUUGAACCGAUUGAAUGAAGGAUUGGAGUUUUUUUUUGUUUUUUUUUUUGUGAAACAGAGUAAAUUAUUUUAUCUUGUAUUUUCAAUUACCAAAGGAACUGUCUCACCUGAAAUAUAAUAUUUGUUUAACUUUUGACAUGUAUAGUGAUGUAAACUUUAAGUUUAACUUUUGACAUGUAUAGUGAUGUAAACUUUAAAUUUAACUUUUGACAUGUAUAGUGAUGUAAACUUUAAAUUUAACUUUUGACAUGUAUAGUGAUGUAAACUUUAAGCAGAUUCUGAAAGCAUCACUUAAUUAUUGGAGAAUGUAUCAAUUCAUCGCAGUGCGGCAUAUAGCCAUUGGUCGAUUUUGGUAGAACUCACAAUGGAUGAUGGAGAUUUAGUUUCCAUGGCAACACUUGUGGACGACCCUAAAUGGAAGAUACUGUAUAGACUAAACGUAUGAUAUUAUUGAAAGAAGCAUAACCAUGGCUAAGAAAGCAAUUCUCUUUGGAUUAAUCAUGUUUUUAGUAUGUCUGUAAGUGUUACAAGGAUGUUUCUGGCAGACAUCUUUCUAGUCAACCAUAAAAAACGAGAUUCAAAUGAAUGAAAUGAAAACAAUGUUUAUUUAAUAUGAUAAAGUGCUAUGUAAACCAGAUAGUGUCAGCAUAUUCUGGCAGUAUCAGUACUGGCAACUGACCAGAAAGUUUGAUCUAGCUUCUGAACUCUUUUCCUAACAAGGUUGGAUCUAGCAUCUGAACUCUUCAGAUUGCCUUACAAUUUUGGAUCAAGCAUCUGAAGUCUUCAGAUUUCCUCAACUUUACGAAUUCAUAUCAGUUUGAUGAUGCAUUAGAAUUUUAUUCAAUUUGUGAUAUGUAAAGCAAGUGUUGCCAGAUUGAAAAUUAAUUGUAACAAUAAGGAAAUGAUAUGUCACAAUUAGUUUGAUUUCUACAAGGACCAUUCAGUGAUCACCAUAUAUGUUUCAUUGUAAGUGCUUUCAAUUGUUCAUUACUAAUUAUGUUUACGUCAUGUAGCUAUAUUUAUCCCACAGUAAGCUCGGGCCUGGUAAUAAGCCCACCUAUAAAGCAGGUAUUGUAGCUCAGGAGAAUUGCAGAUAUUUUAUUUCAUUGUCCUGUAAUAUGUGUGCUCCCAUAAGUCACAGAGGUCGUGCAUGUGCAGUCAACCCUCGGCUUACUGCAGGAUGAUUCAACAUUUGCAUGAAUUUGCUUUUUGGAAGACCUUGGUUUUGUGGAGGUGAUUUUUAAUAUGUCACCAGAUUUUAAUACCUCAUUUGAUAAUGUUUAAACUCUUACUAGCAAUUUUUUUUUUUUUUUGUUAUUGUUCAUUUGCCUGGUAACACCAUAAAAUGUUGGUUUUGGUGCUUACUCAGCAAUGUAUUUACUCAGGAUCAAGUUGGCUUGCACUUGCAUUAUGGGAGGAGAUAACAUUGUAUUGAAGAAUACUCAUAAUCAAAUUGUGCAAAGAUUGUUUUUCCUGCUGGAUUUUCUAAAACAUUUUCAUCAGAAAUCCAAAAUUGUGAGAAUCAAGAUAAACAAUAUUUGAAAAAAAAAAUUAUGGUUAUCAUAUCUUAAAAAAAUGUAUAUGAUACUGAUGGAAAAUUGACAUAAAACAUAUCAACUAUUGAUACUUUUAUGAGACUUAGUUUAAACUAUCAAGGACAAGAUCAGAUUUGCCCUUAUGGAAAAUCAUGCAGGGUUUAUAUUUUCAGAAUUUGUUUUAGGUAUGUGGUUUUGGUUUGGUUUUAUUUUGUUAAAGUCCUAUUAACAGCCAGGGUCAUCUAAGGACACGCCAGGUUUGGAGGUGGAGGAAAGCCGGAAUACCCAGAGAAUAACCACUGGCCAACGGUCAGUAACUGGCAACUGCCCCCCUUAGGUUUCGAACUCGCAACCCAGAGGUGGAGGGCUAGUGAUAAAGUGUCGGGACACCUUAACCACUCGGCCACCGCAGCCCCUUACCAGAGAAAGUCAGAAUGAAUAGCACAUAUAUCUUUAUAUACAUUAAUUGUAGGUUACUGUGUGAAAUGAAAUGUUUGUUGGUAAUUAUUUUCGUGGUUUGAAAUCAAAAGUAGCUGAAGAAGAGAUUUUAAAUGUUUUCAAUUCAUCUACACCAAAGAUGCACUUUUUUCAGAAAGUUUUAUAAGUUCUAAACACAAAAGAAUCAGUAUAUAUUUAAAAUGUCAGGUCUACUCAAGUUAGAUCAGGACAAAGAUGACGGUUUGAAAUAAUACAAUCCAAAUUUUGAGUGAAAAAAAAGUGAGUUUAGGUGGAUUGUGAGAGUUGGUGAGAACUCCCUCAAAGAUAUUGAAAUCUGCUUGGAAUUCUUUUAUACUUUGAAUUUUUUUAAUGUUUAUUGACUCAUUCAGUUAUGGUAAUUCUCUGAAUGUUUAUGACUUUGUCGUUAUAAGACAGCUGAACCAGUAAUGGCAAGACUACUGUAGAAUAAUUUAUAUGUUCAUGUACAACUUGUGUGCAACAAACUAUAGUGUCAAGGUUAUAAGAUAUAUUCUUUAAAAGUUAAUAUUUACUGUUCAUUAACCAUGGAAACCACAAAUAUUUAUACACAACCAACAUUUCAUCUUAUACAGUACAUUAUUUUGUAGAUUUUUCUUUCCUGCAUAUAUCUUAAUACCAUUGUGUGUUCAUAUUGCGAUGUGCAAUUUGUCUCUAUUUACAUAAAAUUAACAACAAUACACCAGUCUUACAUGCAGUAAACACCUUACUUAUUUUGGCACACUCAAAUUUUAGUGCAUAGCACAUGGUUUGUACAGAUGAUGAAAAGUGCUGGAAUUUUGGAUCAGUGCUGGAAAAGUGCUGAAUUUGGAGUCGGUUCCGGAAAAGUGCAGGAAUUCUGAGUCAGUUCCGGAAAAGUGCUGGAAUUUGGGGUCAGUUGACUUACAAAGCCCAAUUGGGUGCUGUUUUUAACACAAGAUCAAUUCACCCCAGUUUGAACAAAAAUGCACUGAAAGGUGCUUGAAUUUUGAUAUGAAAAAUAUGAAAAAUCUGUACAAACCAAAGUAAAAAUUUAAAAACACAUGAGUGCAAUGAUGAAUUGGUGUACCCAAAAUACUUAAAGUAAACAGUAUACAAAAACUGUAAUUGGUGUAAGCUCAAUUAACCAGAAUGCUUUCAGUGCAAAAAGCUAAGAUUACUUCAAAAAUAUGUAUGUCUGCUGUAUACUUACCCAGUAAUAAGCCUCUUCCUACCCAUAUUUAUUUA